ACGGAUGAUUGAGUCGCAUUAUAUAAAUACCUGCGUAACGCGUGGUAAGGAGGACAGACAAUGGGGUCGAUCAGGCUUCUCCUUGGAGCGGUCAUUGCUGUCUUGGCGCUUGUUAGCUUCCAUGUCGGCGGAGCGAAUGGUUUCUCUAUAGGCAGCAUUUGCAAUCCAUUGUUGUCUGCCACGGGGCCGUGGAUUAGCGGUCACGCAACCUUCUAUGAUGACCAUGGCCGCGGCGGAGCUUGUGGCUAUGGUAGACUCGGAAGUGAGCUGUUUGGAGGCAGGUAUGCUGCGGGCUCGCCGAGAGUGUACUUGGGCGGCAUGGCGUGCGGGAUGUGUCUGGAGGUCAAGUGCGUCGGAGUCCCAGCCUGCAAGCCGGCGACUGUUCGUGUCACCGUCACGGACUUGUGCCCCGAUCGUCCGCCUAAUACGCAAUGGUGCGGUGGGGGCAAGCUGCACUUGGAUAUGGCCACCGCUGCCUUCCCCGUGAUUGCCAAUCCAAGAGCUGGUCACGUUCCGAUUCAAUUCCGCAGCGUGCCGUGCGCUCCUUACAAGAUGCUCAAGCUGCAUUUGCGGGGGAACAUGUUUGGCUGGCUCGAGGUGACCGCUCUGGGCAUUCCCGGGAGCGGCAAAGUACUGAAGAUGGAGGUAGCCGGGUCAGACGGCAGCUGGGUGGUCAUGAAGCGUGCGUUCGGAGCAGCCUGGGCCGUCGCUGGCAGGCCUAUGCGCUCGCCUAUUUCGGUCCGGAUCGCCAUAUUCGGCAAGCUCUGCAAACUGGUUGCCAAGAACUGUAUUUCGGGACAAAACUUUAAUGGAGUGGACCUUAGUUGCGCGUACUCCGUGGGCUACUAGCGACCCUCCGCCAUCCUCUCUCUCUCUCUCUCGCCUUGUAUGCGGCACAUGAUUUUUAUGCUGACCGAGAAAAUUGUAGCCGCUCCGUUUUCUCUCUCGGCUUGUAUGCGGGCACAUGAUUUGUAUGCUGACCGAGAAGAUUGUAGCCGAUCCGUUUUGUCUCUCGCAUUGCGUGCACGUAAAUCCUGCGUACCAUAGCUGACAAUAGUAUAGCCGCUCCCUUUUCACUCUUUGGCUGCGUGCGGGUAAUUACUGCGUACGAUAACCGAGAACAGGUUAGCCGCUCCCUUCUCUCUCUCUCUCUCUCUCGCUCGCUCGUUCGUUCGUUCGCUGACUCUGGCGCUCGAUCUCUUGCCGCGUGUGGGUAAAUCCUGCGUGUCAUAACGAAGAACAGUGUUGGCCAAGAAUUGCUUUCAAGAUAGGCUUCCCACUCGUGUUCUAGAAAGCAUUUUCGUU